GCCCCAGCGAGUAUAAAAGCCUCAGCAAGCUGUCAGCAUCAGAAGAUACGUCUGCAUCACGACAGACUUCAGCAGAACUCUCCUAAGUAGGCUGACACGGAUAAAUCACGGUGUCCCCGCGUGUAAAAUCCGAGCAAGUUUAGAAAUGACUCGGAUAACUCGUGCAACUCUGAGGCUUUGAACCAAACUAAAUACAGAACGAAGGAGAUGGGGAUUUAUGCGUCCACACCUGCGCACCCACACUCUGGAAGUUAGCCGCAAAGAGGACGGGAAAGCUGCCGUGAACUUGUUUUUAAACAAAAGAAGCCUUUUCCUCUGCAGAAGCAUGCAGAGCAACAGCAGCGCCUCUGGGUCCCUGGGCGCUCUGAACGUGUGCGGAGGAGAAGAGGACGACAUCUCCAGAGUUGUCAGCCUCACGGGAGCAGCCUCUAAUCUCGCAGCUCUGAACCUUUCACUCAACUGCUGGCUCCUCAUCCUCUCCAAGGAGUCCUCGCUGGACCUGCACGCAGACGGCGCAAACCUGGCAGUACGAGUUGUCAUCGCCCUGGUCUACCUGGUGGUGUGUGUUCUGGGGCUUGUGGGUAACCUGCUGGCCCUCUUCCUGCUGCACUCGCGCCGCCGGGGCCAUCACCACUCUUCCAUCGACUGCUUCGUGAUGAGCCUGGCGCUGACAGACCUCCAGUUUGUCCUCACCUUGCCCUUCUGGGCUGUGGACACGGUGCUGGACUUCCGCUGGCCCUUUGGCCAGGUCAUGUGCAAGAUCGUCAGCUCGGUCACCACCCUGAACAUGUACGCCAGCGUCUUCUUCCUCACCGCCAUGAGCGUGACCCGCUACCACUCCCUGGUUACCUCUCUGAAGAUGGGCAGCCCUGGCAUCGCCACUGCUCAUGCCAAAUGGGCCAGUUUAACCAUUUGGGUGGUGUCACUGGUGGCUACGCUGCCUCAUGCUUUCUACUCCACCACAGUCCAGGUGUCUACAGAUGACGAGCUGUGCUUAGUGCGCUUCUCUGACUCCGAUUCAAGCCACUGGGAUCCUCAGGUCCUGCUCGGACUCUAUCAAACACAGAAAGUCCUCCUGGGAUUUGUAGUUCCUUUGAUUGUCAUCUCCGUGUGCUACCUCCUCCUCCUGAGGUUCAUCCUGAGCCGGCGUAUCGUAGGCAGCACGGUCAGCGCGAGUGACACAGAGAGGUCUGAGUCUGAGAGAGGACGCCUUCGCCGCCGCUCCAAAGUCACCCGCUCUGUCACCAUCAUAGUCCUGUCCUUCUUCAUCUGCUGGCUACCCAACCAGGCUCUUACCCUGUGGGGGGUGCUGAUCAAAUUUGACUUGGUGCCCUUUAGUAAAGCCUUCUACAACGCCCAGGCCUACGCCUUCCCCCUGACUGUGUGCUUAGCUCAUGCAAAUAGCUGUCUUAACCCGGUGCUCUACUGCCUGAUCCGAAAAGAGUACAGAGCUGGACUGAAGGAGCUCCUGCUCAGAGUGUCUCAGUCCGUCCAAAAUGUUCUCACUCAGGGUCUGAGAGAGAGAAGAGUGGCAGACGCACCGCCCAGCCUGGUUAUGAUUCACAAAGACAGCAAUAUGUGAUGGAAAAGGAAAAGUUUGACAUUUUGGAAAACAAUUAUUUGCUUUCUGGCUGAGAGUUAGAUGAGAAUAUUGAUACCACUCUCCAUACAGUGAUGGAUACAGUGGUAUCCAUCUUCUCAACUCAACUCUUGAUCACGAUUUCAAUUUCGGCUUCUAACGAUCACAAAAACAAUGGAAUCGGGAAACGAU